UGCUCCAAUCCCCUCCCAAUUCCAUCGGAAACCCUAAUUCACCGUGGAGUGCAACCCUUAGAUGAUCUUAGGAUGGAGGAGAUCACUCCAGAGAUCCCUAAUUCGCACUCUCAAAACCCUAAUUUCUCAAUCUUGUGAACGUCCACAGCCGUAUCUCUCUCCUCAGUUAGUCAAUUUGGCGAUUUCCAAGUGCCCAUCGGAUUUAAUCUCUCUAAGCUUCUUCCUUUGGGCUGCUCGGCAACCCAACUACUUCCACGAUCCGAGCUCCUUCGAUCUUAUGGUCCCCGUCGUCCACCGCCUAUCAGAUCGAUUUGGGAACGUUUCAGGGAUUGUAGACGAGCUGGAGAGCAUUGGUUGUGGCAGAAAGGCGCAAGCUUUGUUGGUAUUGAUGAGAGUUUACUGGCGUGGAGAUUUGUAUAGUUUGGCAUUGGAGGCGUUCGACCAAAUGCGUAGCAGAAGUUUUGUCCCGAAUACUUUUGCUAGGAAUAUUGUUGUUGAUAUUCUGUUCAAAACUGGCCAUUUUGAUUCAGCUUUGAGGUUUUUUGAAGAGACUCCAUUUCCGAAUUUCAUAACUUUCAACAUUGUUAUUGGUAAUAUAUGCAAAUAUGGUGAUUGGUGGAGUGUUGGAAUUUUGCUUAGAGAGAUGAUCGAUAGAGGAUUUUGGCCGAAUUCUGGAACUUAUGCAAUGGUUUUAGAUUGUUUUCAUAAAGAAGGGAAGAUAAUGGAAUUAUUACAAUUACUGGGUUUCAUGACUGUUGUUGGUGAGCAGUUUUCAGUAGCCAUUUGGACGUUUUUGAUUGAUAUGUAUCGCAAGAUCGGCAAUCUUGACAUGGCUGGUAAGUUGUUUGGCAAGAUGUUAGAAUCCGGUUGCUCUCCUCAUGUUGCCACAUAUACUACUCUGAUUAAAGGGUUUCUUGAGUCUAACAUGCAUGAUGAAUUGUUCGAUUUAUUGGAUGUUAUGAUAUCUAAUGGGUGUGGGCCAGAUUUAGUUUUCUAUAACAUUCUAAUUAAUUCCCUCUGUAAAAUAGGAAGGUAUGAUGAUGCGAUUAGUGUAUUUUGUGAUUUGCAUUGCAGGAAUAUAAGACCAGAUUCAUUUACAUUGUCUUCAUUGAUAUCCGCCUUGUGUUUGUCUGGAAGGUUGAGUUUGUUUCCCAAGUUAGUUGUCGGAUCGCAUGUUACCGUCGACCUUGUGUUGUUCAAUAGUUUGCUUACUUACUUGUGCAAAGCUGGUUUUCCAUCCCAAGCAGUGGACUUUUAUAUUGAUAUGGUCAGCGGAGGUAUUGUACCAGAUGAAUACAGCUAUUCGAGAUUAUUAAAUGCUCUAUGCAGUUCUGGAAGAACAGAAAUUGCGAUAAAAUUUUAUGGUGAAAUUGUUGCAAAGAAUAAGAAUGUUGAUUCUUAUAUCCACACAAUUAUCCUUGAUGGGCUCAUUAAAAAAGGAAAAUUACCUAAAGCUAUACAAAUUUUCAGGCAAGGCAUUCUUGAAAAUUAUCACCUUGAUGUUGUGUCAUAUACAGUUGCUAUUUGUGGACUUUUUCAAGAUGGUAGAUUUGAGGAAGCUCGUAACUUGUAUGAUCAGAUGAAGCAGUCGGGCAUAGUUCCUAACAUGCAUACAUAUAAUGUAAUGAUUAGUGGCAUGUGCAAGGUGAAAGAUGUUAGAGCAGUUAGACAAUUACUUGGGGAAAUGAGGAUGGCCGGCCUUGAGAUGGAUUGCAUCUCAUUUAAUAAAAUUAUUGGCCUACUGAUCAAAAUGCAUCGUGUUCAUUCUGCUUACCAAAUGUAUAUGGCAAUGUGCCAUAGUGGAGUGAAGCCAAACAGGGCUACUUUUUCGUUGUUGUUAAAAGGUCUUUCCCAUGCAUUUGAUGGACAAGUAGGUGAUCUACAAAAUGAUUUCAAGGCUAAUAUUUUCACGUCCCACUGAUAAUGGUACUGCUGGCAAAAUUCUUUUGCGGCCCAACACAUCAGUUAAAUUUUAAAGCAUAAUUUACUAUCGAAUGUGUGGAACUAUGAAAGGGUUCUGCCUCAAACAACAAUUAGGUUCAUGAGCCCUGAAAGAAUUUCUACUGACAGGAGGAUGCCUUUGGUGUUGCUUCUUGAGAAAUGUUUAAUACUUUUAAGGUUUGAGAUAGAAUUUUACAAUACAGAGAAAGAACCCUAACCCUAACCCUAACCCUAACCCUAACCACCUUCUGCUUACAAGUCCACCUACAAGUCAGAGGUAAAGAGAAGUCCUGCAUCACACCCAAAGCAUGAACCUUUGUUGUUGUAGCAGCAUGAAAGUAUGUUAAAAACCAUCAUGACCACCGAUCAUGUGCAGUCUCCUUUCUCUGAGCAACAAGACCAUGGCCAAAGCAUUCGUCUUUGUGGUCACCCUGACUCUCCUACUAUCUUUGAUCAUCCCUUCCUCAGCCAUCAACAAGAAGGACCCAAAGCAAGAGGAGAUACUCGGCAUGGUCCGAGACAUGCAAAUAGCAAGCUACUUCACCUUCGCGACUCUGAUAAACAUGGUGCAAGCCAGUGUUCCUAGCAACACAACCUUCUUCAUCCCAGAUGACCGGAGUCUGUCCAAGAUCAUCAUACAGCAGAACAACAUCCUCCAGUUCCUGCUCCGACACUCAGUCCCGUCUCUGCUACCCUUCGCCGAACUUUCACAUUUGCCAAAAGGGACUGCUUUGCCUUCCAACCAACCCCCCUACAUGAUCAAAAUCUCCGACGAGAACAAUAAGGGGAUUUAUCUCAACAACAUCAAGCUCAUCAGCCCAGACAUCUGCAAAUCUGGAGCCUCAUUCAAGUGCCACGGAAUCACUGGUGUUUUCUUGCCGGACGCUAUCAGAACUCCACCACCACCAAAGCAAGCUCCUGAGUACCAUGUGGGACCACCACCGCCACCGCCACGACCAAGUCCUGAGCCACCAGCCAUUCGACCACCAGCAGCAGCAGCACCACCAGCACAGCCAGCACCAGUAUCUGCUUCGCCAAUCAUUGCUCCAACUCCCAUGAGUUCUUUACCAGAUGAACCUCUUUCUAGCUCUUCUAACGUGCUUCAUGGAGCUGGAUGGCUUCUCUUUCUAUCUAUCUUUGUGAGUUUGGUUUAGUUUUUAUAUUGAAACAGGUCUGAUAUCUUUACUAUGUACUGCAAGUCAAAACUUAUAUAUCUAUAUAUUUUAUUACAGUGA